CCGACAGUGGCCAGACCUUGCAGGAAACUCACGGCCCAUAGAACUCGUUUUACGACAACAACAGCUCGCCAAAUCUUCUGAUCAUUAACCCUUGUGGCUUUGCCAAGCUUCCCAGAAUUUCGACCACAGCACUCAUUCAACAUGCCAAUUACUCUCGACUUUACCGGCAAACUCGUGCUCGUCACUGGAGGCGGACGAGGAAUUGGUCUAGCAAUCUCCAAGGCUCUUGCCGAAGCUGGCGCCGACGUUGCUAUCAGUUACACUUCAAAGGAUGCCACACCCGUCGCCAAGGAGCUGUCUGACAAGUAUGGGACGAAAGUCAGGGCCUUCAAAUGCGAGAUCACGAAAAGUAGCGAGGUGGAUGCGUUGGUUGAGGAGGUGAAGAAGGAGUAUGGUAAAGAUGUUGAUAUCGGCGUUGCGAAUGCUGGUGUAUCACUCUGGAAAGACGCUCAUGAGAACACCGAUGAGGAUUUUCAAUCCAUCUUCGCCGUCAAUACCUUUGGGCCUUACUACCUUUCGCGUGCCCUCGUUCGAUCCUGGCUUGGUCUGCCCGUACCCGUGAACUCUGCCAGCGACCCAAUCGAUGUCGCCAAUAUGAAGAACGUCGACCUCAAAAAACAAAUUCUUUUUGUAUCUAGUAUCUCGGCGCUCGUGGCUAUGAACCCUCAGAGACAAUCAGCUUAUAACGCAAGUAAAGGGGCUGUCACGAUGCUGGCAAAGAGUUUGGCGGGCGAAUGGUCUCAUAUUGGUGUUGCCAUCAACUCAAUUUCUCCUGGCUACGUGUCCACCGAUAUGAUCGCCAAUCCUCCCGACGCCACUGCCUCAACAUGGGUCAAAGAAUGGGAGAAGCGCACCCCUGUCGGCCGAUUCGCUACGGCCGACGAAAUAGGAGGUUUCGUCGCUACGCUUUUGUCUGAUAAGAUGGGUGGGAUGGGUUUCAUGGCUGGGUCGGAUAUUGUGGUGGAUGGAGGAUACACCAUCUUCUGAAUUUAGACUUGCGGUAAAUAAAGAGUAAAGGAAGUAAUACAAAACAGGGCACUUUGUGAAUAUUAUCGAUCGGCAUGCUACAAAUGACCCUCCUUAAGUAGCUCAAUCGUCCGAAAAGUACGUAAGCCUACAGAACUAUAAUGAUUCCAUGUCAGAAUAUGGCAAAAACCAACAGGCACUCACUCUCAGGGACGUUUGAGAUUCAUGGAUAACAACAACUGGACUGAGAACAGUUGUACUUCUUCCAAUGCAAACAUCGCACAGCUCGUAUUGGACUAGUUUCUUUUUGUAAAAUACAGUAGUACAACAGUAUGCGUCGCUGAUGAUUCCAUUUUAUACAUACAUAUUUAGUUGAUUGCCCGAGAUAACAGUCACUACUUUGGUCCACAAUUGCAGUGCGACAUCCCACGCAGCGGAAGGCUUCCCCUUACCUUUCGGCAUGGUACUUUUGGAGACAAUUCUCCCUGCCAUGGGUUCCACUCCCACAGUAAACACACUCGCCAAAGAGCGUAUUGUUGAAUUCCGGAGAUUCAGAUCGUUGAGCGUCUUGGUGUCGGCGUUGUUGUCUAGCCUUAGGCUCGUCCUCAUCGGACAUAUAGGCGUCUUCUCGUGCACCGUCAUGUCUGCGUAUCGAGGCGUAGUUAGUUGACUGCGAGUGGUGUGGUCAUAAGUAUAGCAAUAGACAGUAAUACAG